UCCUGUUCCGGUGCUGUUUCUCCUCCACGGGGUCCGAUGGCGCCUUUGGCCCGUUAUCUCCUGGUCUUCGGAGGCUUCGCCGGCGUGGUGGGGCUGACCCUUUACCCCAUUUACUUUUACCCCCUGACCCACCUGGGGGACUACAAAAAGGCACAAACAAUAAAUCGAGCCGGCAUUAUCCAAGAAGAUGUACAGCCUCCAGGAUUAAAAGUGUGGUCUGAUCCAUUUGGAAGAAAAUAAAAACCUCUCUGGGUGAGAUCUUGAAGAUGUGUGGAUUCUCCCUUUUCCCAUCCAUGAUACUCCAAGUUCUUUCUGUCAACUGAAAUAAUGUAGAAAAAGAGUUUGGCAUGUUGGUUUGCAUCCAUGUAUAUAGACCCAUAGAGGUUGCUAAUUUUCAAACGUUAAGUUUCUCUCUGAGUGAUCUAGACAUGACAAAGAAUGUAUGGAAUAUUUUCUGUUAAUUAAAUGGAAUAAUUGUGUUUUCCUUUAUAGAAAGAAUGAAUGGUAAUUGCUUUGAUCUAUACAGAUUAUGCAACUGAUGUCUCUGUAAAAUAUGCUCAGAACAAUAAAGUAUAUUAUUUAUUAGAAAAAACAAA